ACCACCAGAAGAUCGAGACAUGGAUCCGGCCAUCAUUACCAGCAACUCAGCCACGAACGUUAGUUCGCUCACGACGCUGCGACUGCGAGAAUACUCGGCCCCGACAGCUACGGGGAGGUGCCUGCUAGCACAGUUCACAGACAGAGAAGUCAUCGUGUACCAGGCGUACAAGCCUGAGCUCGGCAAUUUCGCCGUCGAGAACCAAUACUUCGGCGGUGAUGGCUUCAACUUCAAGAGAACGUCAUGGGUCAAGCCGAACUUCACGUGGAUGAUGCACCGUUGCGGCUGGGCAAGCAAGCAAAAUCAGGAGGUCGUCCUGGCGCUGGCCCUCAGGAGAGAUUUCUGGGACGACGUUCUGUCCCAGGCCGUUAUGUCCAACUACGAGUCGUACCGUAGUACCAUGUCCGCUGAAGUACCGCGCGGGGACGCGCAGAGACGAUGGAAAGCAUCGCUCCAGGCAUCGGACGUGGUCAUGCAGUGGGAUCCAGACCACAUGCCGUUCACGGGACAUAAGACGAAUCACAGAGCUAUUCAGCUGGGCCUGCGGGGUGACGCGCUGGCCGCGUUCCGUGGGCCGGCGUUCGGGGAGACGGGCAUCCAAGACGUGAGCGCCUUCGCCAAGGCGACGGAGGAAAUACACCGCCCGCGCGCUGCCGACGGGGGAGGGGGGGGAGGUCAUCCCGACGCCCCGGCGGCCACGCCACCCCCCCCUGCUCUGCUGCUGCCCAUCGAAGAGACCUAUCCUGUGGUGGACGCCUCGGUGGCGCAGCGGCUGGGAAUCGAUUAUUAGCAGGCCCGAACAGGUUUCAGGACGGGGGGGUGGUGUGGGUUAUGACCUGAUGCUCCCACCUGCGAUUCUCCACCACGAUGAGACACGAAAGUCUUUGUGGAUAUCGUAUAGCCUUAUCGCUUCAUAGUUUCUUCCCCGCGGACCCUGCCAUGUUUGGUUGAAUGUUGGUGAAGGACGACUAAUUACUGCAGCGCCGCCGAUUCCUUGAGUUGCAAGGCUCUUGUAAAUCAUGUUGUGGAUUCGUUCUUGUUUUUUUGCUUUCGUCCUAUUUACUGUAGGCGCCGGCUUUGUACGAGUUCCCAGGUUGUUGAAGUAUUUAUUGCAUCC